AUGGAGUACUACGCGUACAACUACUCGUUCACGGUUUCUCUACAUAGUCGCUACGCCGCUCAUUUUUCUGAUGUAAAGGUGCACGUGAUGGGCCCCGAUAUGAUGACCGAUAUUGUCUGCGAUGACUUCAAUGCUGCGAACACGUGCGCGACGUCUAGGAAGGCCAAAGUGAUGGAGCUAAACGUCAGAGCAAAAUCUUCACCAGAUGAAUGCCUCAGUUCUCUGCAGCUGCAAACGCUGAGAACUAUAUCCAUUGAGUUGCACCGGGCGGCGUACGGUAUCUUGGCAUAUUCAAGUUUUCCCGCAUCGGACUUCGAUGCCAAGGCCAGGAUUUGCUUCGGCAAUCCCCUUUAG